GUCUUGAGGGCGAAUUGCUGCUCCUUGCUGAUCGAUCAUCAUGUCUGAAUCUACGCUAGCUACGCCCGCUCAUGAAAUAUCUACCAAUGCGUCUGACUUGGAUAGGGAUGAGAUUGAUCAUGAUCCCUCAGACUUGUCCUCUGAUGACCUCGACUAUGACAAGAUUGCUCGAGAUGGUCAGCAGCUUGCAGCAGCGAGAGUUGACCAUGUAGCUAAGCAUGGCUCUGAUGCUGAGCUUGAACAAGGGGAACAUACAAGUACUUCAACAAAGGAAGCGCAUAUGCGAACCUUACUGAAACGCCUCGGUCCUAUGGAGCUCAUCACCAAAUUGUUCCACAGAGGCUGGACGGCUCGUGAUGUAUUCAGAUCAUUUGGCUUGGAUCCACCUUCUAUGAGUGAAGACGAUCCCAUGAUGACACCAGUCUUGUUACUUGCCCUCACAAAAGAAAGUCGUCGACGUCUCCGCUUACCACAUGUCAGCAGCAUUGACGACGUCGUCAAGCUUCUUCAGUCGAGCAAAAACAUUCUUGUUAUCACAGGAGCAGGUAUCUCAACCUCCCUCGGUAUCCCAGAUUUCCGUUCGUCUGACGGCAUUUACAGCAGACUCGCAAAGUACAACCUCUCAGAUCCGCAAGAGAUGUUUGACAUUGACCUCUUCACACAAGAUCCAAGCAUCUUUUUCGACUUUUGUAAAGAGUUGCUACCUGAAGAUCGAGGGUACUCACCCACGCAUGCAUUCAUCAGACUCUUACAAGAUAAGGGCAAGUUGUUGACGCAGUAUACACAAAAUAUCGACGAUAUUGAGUCUUCCGCCGGUGUGGACGAUCAGCACCUCAUUCAGUGCCAUGGAUCCUUCAAACGAGCGACGUGUCUUACCUGUGGACGGAAUAGGCCUGGCAGUGACUUAUUCCCGGAGAUAUUAGCAGGGAACGUUCCUCGCUGCGAAAUCUGUCUUUCAAAUCUCAUCCCUCGUGCGUAUCCAAAGAAGAAGGCAUCAUCAUGGGACAACGAUGCAUCAGAAGAAGAAGACAUGUCGGAUCCAAGUUUCGCAGUGCUCAAACCAGACAUCACCUUCUUUGGUGAACAACUUCCGACUGCUUUUAAGGAUCGCUUCUUGGAAGAUCGAUCAAAAGUCGACUUGACGCUUUGCAUUGGUACUUCUCUUCGUGUCGCACCAGUAGCCAAUAUCCCAGAGAUGCUCGACCCUCAAAUUCCCCAGAUUCUCAUUUCACGAGACAAGUUACAUGGUGGGUUCGCUUUUGAUGUCGAAUUCCUUGAUGGUGCGUGUGAUGCCGUUUGCUUGGAACUUGCGUAUCGCGCAGGCUGGUCAGACGAACUCGAUAAGCUGAUUGAAGCAGGAAGUGUACCAGGUCGAGUGAAAGCUGAGCGAGCAGGGGAUAGGCUUGAACAAGUCAGUGAUCAUAUCUAUACAUGUAUAUCUGCAUAGACGCUCCAUACUUUAUCUAUUGCGAGGCGAGUGACUCCUUCUUCUCCUGCAACACAACGAAUCGAGCUUGUCCUUCAUUUCGUGCCCGCAUCAAUGCUGCAACGUCCACUUCAAGCGACUCUGUCCGGGUCUGAAUGGCUGCACCUUCAUUCACCUUCAAAUACCGAAACGUCUCAAGCGUCAUGCGAGCUUCAGUCAACGCAGCAGCAGCUUCUGUCAUCUUGGCGGAAAGCAUGGUAGCGCGAGAGAGGUACCCGCCUAGACGCACUUGACACUUCUUGUCAAGUUUUGCUGCGUCAUUGGCGUCUUUGGCGA